AUGCCUUCCUUCGCCAUCGAAGUGGAAGGAGAAACCAACCCACUGAACAGGGAAUCCGUCAUCUCCACCCUUGCAAAUGCUUCCAGAGGAUUUCCCACUCCACAAGCACUGAAAGCUGCCACUCAGCAGAUAGGCAAUUGGGAAAAAACUCCAGGCUACUACGCACUUCUUCAGGAUGUUUACGCCGAUCUUUCACUGGAUCAAGAUGUCCGGUUUCAAGCAAUCAUUCAAUUGAAGAAUGGAAUCGACAAAUAUUGGCGAAAAACCGCACCUAAUGCCCUGGGGAAACCGGAGAAAGAACAGAUUAGAUCCAGAACCAUCGAUGCUGGCGUCAAAGAACCUGUCGCAAGUUUGUCUCUUCACAAUGCUCUCAUGCUGGCAAAGAUUGUUCGGUAUGAGUUUCCUCACGAUUGGCCCGACGUUAUUCCGGUUAUCAUACAACAUCUCCGUGCUACCAGCCAGGAGUCCAUCAUAACCAUCUAUACGUCAAACAUCUUGACAAUCAGUCUACAAGUGAUCAAAGAGCUUGCUUCGGGGAGACUUCAGAGAACCAAAAAGAGCCUCCAGCAAGUAUCUUCAGAACUCCUGCAAGUUCUUGGCAGCCUCUAUGUCAAUCUGGUUUCAAAAUGGCAGUCCCCCCAAGGUCAGCUUGAUCUUAGUAGUGCACUAAACAGCCACUCCGCAUUGAAGACACUCCGGCGAUUGCUUGUUGUCGGGUUCGAGAAUCCACACCGCGAGGAGGAUGUUCGACAAUUCUGGACACUUCUCCAGACCCAGCAACAUGCAUUCUGGCUUUCCUAUAAUGAGACUUCGUCCCCUGACCUCAAAACUGUCAUUAUGAAACAUCUUCUUCAACUAUCCAAACUCUACCUGAACAUGGCUCGCGAACACCCAGCUUCAUUUGUUCUGCUUGGUUGUAUGGAUAUACUCAAUCACUCGUGGAACACAAUCAGCCAAGUUGAUGCGAAGUCUGCACUGAAUGGCAAUUUCGACUGGAAUGAAUACCGCAGCGGCGACCAGCUUGAUGAAUCACCCACGGAGAAGCUCGCCCUCAAAGCACUUCUGCUGUUUCGCGCAUGUCUGAAAAUGGUCUUCAACCCCGUCCAGACGUUCAAAUACCAGACGCCACAAGACAAAGAUGAUAGGAAGAAUGCGGUAGACCACAUCAAGAAUACCAUCUUGACGAAUGAUUUCGUUCUUCGACUCAUGGAGUUGUUGGUCACCCAAUACUUUGUCCUGCGACCAGCAGAUUUGCGAGAUUGGGAAGAAGAACCCGAUGAAUGGGAGCGGCGGGAAGAAGAGAUCGCAGAUGCCUGGGAGUUUUCUAUUCGAUCUUGCGCUGAAAAAUUAUUUCUUGACUUGGUCAUAAAUUUCAAAGAACUCCUGGUCCCUCGACUACUGGAUGUAUUUCAACAGUAUGCCACUACAUCAAGUAACAACGUCCUCCUGAAAGACAGCCUCUAUUCAGCGAUUGGUAUCGCGGCAGCUUGCAUCGAAGAUGUGCUCGACUUCAAUACGUUUCUGAGAGCGACUCUGGUACCAGAAGUACAGAUGGUGCAGCCCAACUAUAAUCUCCUUCGUCGCCGAACAGCAAUUCUUCUUGGACAAUGGGUUCCUAUCAAACCUGAGGUUCUUGACCGAGUUGCAGUCUACCAGAUUUUCACACAUUUGCUUACGAGCGAUGACCAACUGAAUGAUCAGGUAGUACAAGUUACAGCAGGCAGACAAUUGAGAAUGGUUCUCGAUCCUUUUGAAUUCAAUUACGCAGACUUUCAACCUUACGCGACCCCAUUAUUGUCAAGUCUGAUGGCACUGAUCGCAAAGACCGAGCUCUCUGAGACCAAAAUGGCUCUCCUAGAGACAGUUCGAGUGGCUGUCACGAAAUUGGAGGGACAUAUUGAACCUUAUGCACAAGGCAUUAUGUCAAUGCUUCCCCAACUCUGGGCAGAAUCCGGAGAGGAGCAUCUUAUGAAACAAGCAAUUUUGACUAUGAUCACAGCAAUAGUCAACAGUCUUGGACAGAAGAGUAUUUCUUACCAUGCAUCUGUACUUCCAAUCAUCCAUGACUCCAUUCAGCCAGAGUCCGAGGCUAUUGUCUAUCUCUUAGAGGACUCUCUUGACUUAUGGGCGGCAAUCCUACAGCAAACCCCAUCAGAAGCCCCAUCAGAAGCCCUUUUAGCCCUGUCCCGAUCCAUUCUCCCCUUGUUGGACACAGGAAGUGAGCUUUUGCGGCAAAUAUUCGAGAUCGUGGAAUCAUACACGAUAUUAUCGCCUACCACGGUCUUAUCUUCGCAAUUUCUCGACCCACUGCUGAUAUCCAUGAAAUCUCUUUUGACAAUGCUUGCAUCCAGCCGAGCUAGAGACUCGGCGCAUGCACCACACGUUCUUGAACAUUUGGUUGCCACAAUUGCUUCCGAAACACAACAAUCACUUCCCGCUCAGGAAGCGUCGAACCAUCUCCUCACGUCAAUGCUCAAUACGGGAUACCUAGCCUCCGUGAUGGAAAUCCUCAAAGAAGCAUACGAGUACCACCAGGACCCACGCCCAAAUCGAAGACCACCAGACAUAAUUGGACCAGGAGAAACCAGUCUCUUCACUCUACUGUCGCGCAUGGCUCUUCUUUCUCCAGACGCAACAAUCCAGGCCGUCUCCGCAACCAACGUUGUCUCAUCCACCUCCACACCGACCUUUGCAUGGCUAAUGACUGAAUGGCUGUCUCAAAUCGACAAUAUCGGGGACGUGCUCCGCAAGAAGCUCCAAAUCCUAGCUUUCACAAACCUGCUUAACGCUAAUACACCACCAUUUCCACAGCCCGUGCUCGAGAAUCUGCAGUCGUUCCUGACCACAUGGACCGAUCUCGCGAUGGAGCUGGGCGAAGAGGCAUCUGAAGAGAGCAUGGGCGAUUACCUUUGGCAUAACAAGCCAACGACUGACAUGCCCGAGUGGCCGGAUGCGAGCCCCGAGGAUGGCCGGAAGAGGGUUUUGAGCAACAAGGAUCCAAUCUACACGACGAAUAUCCGUGAGUUUGUGGCGGUUAGGUUGAAAGGACUGGUGGAGAGAGUGGGUGGUCUGGAGGUGUUUGAGCGCGAAUGGUUGAGUAGAGUUGACGCGGCAGUGGUCAAGGCUUUUGUGGAUUUGAAGAUGUUGUGA